GCAUGUGUGCAAACUGAUCAAAGUUCAGAAUACGCCAAAUUCAUAAGUCAGCGUAGAUUAUUUAUUCGAGGUAACGGACCCAAGAAUUGUCAGUCCUGGGCAAACUGAAGUAAAAGCAACAGACUACGAUGUUUUCGCAACGAGGACUAUUCUUAGUGCUGAUAAUUUCAUUGACGAGUAUCGUACUUGCCGACGUUCUCGUUCAACCCGGUUACGGACAACCUAACAGCAAUACACAUUUUUCGGUUCCGCAACAGAAGGAAUCGACGCAGCUUUCGGGAUUUCAAGCGGUGUAUCCCUAUUACGCAUCGCCCCAAAACAUAGGUCGUUCACAUUUAGUAAGCUAUUCACAUCAUCUACCAUACCAUCACCAUCAUUAUCAUUAUUCGAGGCCGAACAAACUGCACUUCGCAAAGAUAGGAGGUCAUGGAUAUACGCGGCCCUCAAUGUACGUCGGUUACCGCCCACCCUUGGUAGUACACCAUCGGUACAGAAGAUCGCUCACCCCCGAUUCUACGAGCACCGAAUCCAGCAAAUCUGAGGUCGUUACACAUGACAAUGAUGUGGCCGCGAAGUCGCCCUUAACCGACUCCGAGCACUCUACAACUAACGACUCCUUACUUCCAGAACAUGAGCCAACCGAUAGUAACGAUAAGCAUGUGGAGAACCGUCAAAUCCCUGACCUAUGGUUUAAUAAGCCACAUUUAUUCGGCCUGGAUCCAACAAUGAUGUCAUCCCUAAUUCAAUCGCCCAGUACCGAGGACCAAAACCAAGAGACGUUUCUAAGAUUUCCUGAGUACAAACAAGCGCAACAAACGACAACGUCUCAGGAAAAUUGUGGUUGUCCUGAGUCUAAUUUUCGUAUAAUUACUAAUGAACCUUCCGCAAGAGUGAACUCUCCCCCUGUCGUUAUGGAAAAACCGGCAGAGGAAACACCCUACUACCCUGGCAAACCUCGAAGUGCAUGGUAUUUCUCGCCAAUUUCUGCGCCAAAAGUGACGUGGCCGGUUGUUGUCGAUCACACACAUGAGUCAGACAGAUACACGCAGCAACCGUAUACCAUAUGGAGACUGCCAACAAAGAUCACACCUGAAGCGACUCAUGUAGCAGAUAUCAGUUUAAGAAGAGACUUAAAUAAGAAAACUGUACAAGAUAUUCUCUACGAUAUAGAGGAAAAUACGGGAGAAAUGCGGGCUGCACAAGAAGAACUCGAAAAUAACUCUUGGAAGGAUAUGAACACGAUGAACAUCGCUAAUCUAAGACAGCAUCAAGACAACCCAAAACAGAACCAAACCAAGAUCAAAUCAUUUCUUUUUGUUGUUCCUUUACCCCCGGAGAUUAAUGAGAUUGUGCGACCAACACUACAUUACUACCCCACUUAUUAUAGAAGUAACAACGAACUAUCGGGAACUCAAGAGAUCGUCAAUACACCAUCUGCAAGAAACAUUUUGCCACGUAAAAAUAUUUUUGCAAAUACUCUCAGCUCAUCUGAGUUUAAUCCUCCGAAUUAUGAUUACAAUUAUGUUUUGAACAAAUUUUGGAAUCAGAAUCCUCUGAAUACAGAUUUCUCUGAAUACAAAGACUAUAAUUUACCUGAUAUCAGUUCAAUCGAGCCUAAUGAUGUGAUUUAUACAAAUAUCGAUACUCAAGGGAACAUGCUGACACAACAAAGGCAGAUGCAAUUUUUGGACGACCGAUUGUAAUGGUUCUGAUGUUCUGUAUAUUAUAAUUAUUAUCAUUCUUCUCUGUACAUACAUAUUUUUUACAAGCGUACAUUACUCAUCGAACUCCGUCCACCGAACGGUUGUUAAAAAAUGUGCUUGCACAGAGAAAAAUGAUAAUAAUGUACUAAUAUGUAUUAAUGUAUAUGUAUCAAUGUAUUAAAUAAACAUAUUUGAAUAGAAAUUUUGA